UCUAGGAGCCGAAGUCAGUUGGUGUUUGUCAGAAGCUCCGAUGAGAUUGUUUAUAGUGCUCAGUGUUUGCGUUGCGUUGGCCUCCGCUGGCUAUGGAGGCGGCGGUGGUGGUGCCUCGUCCACGGCAUCCGCGUCGGCUAGCUCCAGCGCCAGUGCGGGCGGCAAAUUUGGCGGCGGUGGCGGUGGAGGCGGCGGCUUGGACCUAGGUGGUGCUGGUCUUGGACUGGGACUAGGCGGUGGCCUGGGUCUUGGCGGUGGCAAGCACGGUGGUGCAGGUCUUGGACUGGGUCUGGGAGCUGGAGCUGGAGGUGGUCUAUUCGGUGGUGGCGGUGGCGGCUUUGGUGGCGCUGGCGCUGGCGGUGGCGCCUCCUCUUCAGCUGGCUCCAGUGCAAGCGCUGGUGGACACGGAGGCGGUGGACCUGGAUUUGGAGCCGGCGGCGGAGGUGCCGGACUAGGAGGAGGCCAUGGCGGCAGCGGCGGAUUCGGUGGUGGAUCUGCUGGAGGUGGCCAUGGAGGCGGUGGUGGUCUCGGAGGAGGCGGUUUCGGCAGUGGCGGCCAUGGAGGCGGUGGUUUUGCCGGUGGAUCAGCAGGAGCGGGUCAUGGAGGCGGUGGUUUCGGUAGUGGCGCCCAUGGUGGUGGCCUUGGCGGUGGCCUAGGCGGAGGUGUUGGCCUUGGAGGCGGUGGUUACGCUGGUGGAUCAGCAGGCAGCGGCAUUGGAGGUGGUGCCCAUGGAGGCGGCGGCUUCGGCAGUGGCGGCCAUGGAGGCGGAGGACCCGGCUUCGGUGGAGGAAUUGGAGGCGGUAGCGCAGGUGCAUCAGCUGGUUCCAGCGCCAGUGGAGGCGCCAUUGGCGGCGGUCAUGGCGGUAUUGGCGGUGGUCAUGGCGGCCAUGGCGGCGGCGGUUUCUCCGGUGGACCAUUCGUUGGCGGCGGCCUUGGACUUGGAGGCAAGCACGGUGGCGGCAAGUUUGGCAGCGGCGGCGGCGGCGGCUUCGGUGGUGGCGGCUACGGAGGUGGUGGCUACGGAGGUGGCGGCAAGCACGGAGGAGGCGGCGGUGGCUACGGUGGCGGUAAGAGUGGUGCUAGCUCCUCUGCAUCAGCAUCUGCCUCAGCCUCUGCAGGUGGCUACGGCCGCGGAGUGCGAGUGCUUCGGUCGUCUCGGGCUCACACUUACAGCAUAUAUAUUUGGGUGGCUCGGCUGUGGUCCAUCAGUCGCACUGUCACCUGCAAAGAAAACGCGAACAAUAUGAAGACCCUUAUUGUACUUGCCCUGCUGAUCGCCGCCGCGUCUGCGUUGCCACAAUUUGGAUUUGGCCCAGGAUAUGGUGGCCCAGGAUUCGGAGGCCGACCUGGAUUUGGUGGUCCAGGAUACGGUGGAUUCGGCGGCGGAUAUGGUGGAUUUGGCGGACGUCCAGGAUUUGGUGGUGGAUUCGGUCCCGGCUAUGGUGGUGGCUUUGGCCGCCCUGGAUUUGGUGGAUUCGGCGGUGGUCCUGGAUUUGGCGGUGCCCCCGGAUUCGGUCGUGGCGGCGGUGGUGGCGGUUCAGCCUCCUCGUCAGCAUCUGCCAGCUCUUCUGCCUCAGGUGGUGGUCUAGGCGGUGGUUCCUCGUCGGCGUCUGCCUCCUCAUCUGCAUCUGCUGGAGGCGGUGGCUUCUUUGGUUGA